AUGUCCGACUCACUGGUGUCAGCAAGUCGGAACAACUUGUUCUGUAAUCCGUUCUUCACGAAGGCACGAUGUGAGAGUCAUGUGAACCCAUCUAGAACAAUUGCUGCUGCAGCAGCGUCAGAGGAGUAUAGCUGCGAGUUUGGCUCAGCCAAGUUCUACACACUGUGUGCAUUUGGUGGCCUCCUCAGCUGUGGGCUUACACAUACCGCUGUAGUUCCCCUUGAUUUGGUUAAGUGCAGAAUCCAGGUGGACGCUAAAAAAUAUGGUGGCAUCUUCAAGGGAUUUAGAGUGUCUGUUGCUGAGGAAGGUGUUAAAGGACUUGCCAAGGGAUGGGCCCCAACAUUGAUUGGCUACUCCAUGCAGGGAGUUUGCAAGUUUGGAUUCUACGAAGUUUUUAAAAUCCUCUACUCAGACUUGUUAGGAGAGGAAAAUACCUAUCUGUGGAGAACUAGCUUGUACCUGGCAUCUAGUGCAUCUGCAGAAUUCUUUGCCGACAUAGCACUGUGCCCCAUGGAAGCUGUUAAAGUGCGCAUUCAGACACAGCCAGGCUGGAGUUCAACUCUCCGGGAAGGAUUCCCUAGAAUUAUGAAAGAAGAGGGAAUAUCAGGCUUCUAUAAAGGCAUUGUUCCUCUGUGGGCACGACAGAUUCCAUAUACCAUGAUGAAGUUUGCUUGCUUUGAGCGCACAGUGGAAGCCAUUUAUAAAUUUGUGGUUCCCAAGCCAAGAUCUGAGUGCUCCAAGUCAGAGCAGCUGGUGGUUACCUUUGCUGCCGGGUACAUUGCUGGUGUCUUCUGUGCCAUCGUCUCCCACCCCGCUGACACAAUUGUUUCAAAAUUGAACCAGAAAAAGGGCAGUAACUUUGUUGAUGUUGCCAAAUCUCUAGGGCUUUUGGGCAUGUGGAAGGGCUUGUUCCCCAGGAUCAUCAUGAUUGGAACACUGACCGCCCUCCAGUGGUUCAUCUAUGACUCCGUUAAAGUGGCAUUCCGCCUGCCCCGACCACCACCACCAGAGAUGCCAGAGUCACUGAAGCUCAAGCUUGGUCUCAAUUAA